CGUCUACUCAGCAGGUGCUUGUGGAGGAGCACUUGCUUCGUAUGAGGUCAGAUAUCGACACCAGAACUCGAAGGCUCGAACAAGAACGAAGGCACCUACGCGAUUUGGAGGAAGGGGUGCUGAAAUGCCGCAAAGAGUAUGAGGAUCGCCGCACAAGAUAUCAAAAACUUAAAAUUAUGACUAACAAACAUUAAAAAGAAGCUAGGCUAACCGGUUGUAGAAAUCGUCAGGGAAAUUUUAGGCAACUUGCCGGAUAGAUUCGAGUCAUCAUGUUGAGUAUUCUUGACGUUGGCCGUUCUUUCUCUUUCAACAUUGUUGUGCCGUUGUUCGUGACACAUUCAUUUGCAAAGAACGUUGUCUGGUUUCUUUUUGAUGAUUUGCUUCAUGAUGCGAACAUGGCAGGGUAAGCAAGGACACGGGCAAGAGCGCCUACUGGAGAUGCUAUUCCAGAAAUUAAACUUGCUUUUAUGAUAUAGAUACAUAGGAAAAAUAAUACAUAUUUCCAGUUUGAGGCAUCAUAGUAAGUGAAGAUGAAUAGAUGGCCCGAUGAGAAUCGAUGUAGUUGCAUUACGAGUUCCCAUUUUUCGUUACAAUCAUGGACUUCAAGACUCUACGAGGGUGCUGGGUCGAAUCCUUUCUAUUCUUUCAUUUGCGCAUCAUCAAGACUCGGAGUACGUAGGCGACAUAACGAGACUGCGGCAGGAGCGCAAGCAUCUUGAUGGCAUUUUUAGACAGAUGAAAAGCGAAAUUCAGGCGCAAACACGUGAACUCAUUCGCCAGACUCACAUUUACCAGCAAGCAGAGCGGGAAAAAGAGGACAUGCUGGCGCAGACUCGAAGCAUCGUUAUGAACGUGGGGUAGAAAAUCCAAAUCCAAAUUGUUGAUAUGGUAGAAUAGCGUAAAUGUUCGGCAUAACCAACUUAGGAGCGUCAUUUCGGUGCUGGCAAUCCUUCCAUCCAUCAGUUUUCCAUAUUCCUGGGGGCUACGCAUCCUACACGCAGGGCAUUCGGGACGCCGCAUGUAAGGAAUCCGCAUUCAAGUCUUCCAUAUUCAUUCUAAAAAACCCGCCCUCCACUUCCUUCCCGUUAUCCCAUCCUUCAUCCACUUCAGCUCACUCCGCGGCAGUGCUCGUUGUUUCUUGCCAAAUCGUUCGUCACAAUGAAUCAAGUCAUAAGUUUGAACGAUGCCACUGCUGCGAGUGAGCUAAACUGGGUGUCUGGUUGCACUAGCAAAAUAGCUCUCCUAUACAGUCAGCACCUACGCAAUGCUCAUCAAUUUUGUUCCUGUUGUUCGAAAAAGAUGUGGAAGAUUCAAAAACCCAGUGAAUGAGCGUGCUCGCUCGAUGCAAUUUAUUUAUCUACUAGUCGGUUGGUUUUUCUCUAUACAUCUCCCCCUUCCUCUCCUCUUCUCCCCUGUCUUCAAGAAGAUAAUAGUAUUAGCGUUGUCAUGUAAAGUAGCUCUUCUUCUGGUUUCGUGCCUUUUCCAAAAAACAACACUUAGGAACAGCAGACAGCUGAAAGCUUCACAACACUCCCAACAAGAUCGUUAAAUCAAUGCCUUACACUCUUUGGCUUUAAAGUUAUUUACUACUUAGCAAGAGUUCUAACUGUGCUGAUAGAGUAAGUGACUACAACGAAGAGUGAUAUCUUUGAUCCGACCGACCGAAAAUUCAUCUAAAGCUAGUAGAAUUUCGAACCAGUGUAUGACGAUGGUGAUGCUGAUCGAUGCCACAACUUGUCAUCGCGGUCCUGGUUGUCCAUGUGCCUCGUUCCAUUCUCCUCUAAUGCAUAGAAGCGUAUGAAAGAGCAGCGCCUUGAGUUCACGGAAAUGGUUGAAAAUAUGAAGCAGGAUUAUGCAAAGCAGCAAAGAAUUCAGCGCGAUAUUGACUCGAGGAGACGGAACGCCGGAAAAAAUCGUACUCCUUCUUAGAUAGUAGCCUGCUAGCUUGAUGAACUGACGCUUCUAGAACUCGGGAUGGAAGUGGAACAAGUUGAACCCACCUUUAUGUUCACCACGUAAUAUUGAGCAGUUGUUAUUAUUUUGCUCUUCAAGUAUAAUUCGGAGUGCUUGCUGCGAUGCUCCUCAGUGUCGUACCGCAUUCAUGCUAGCUUGGUUUUGGACAGCCAGCUUACAACUUACAACAGGGACAACCCGCAGCAAUAUCUUUGGUUCUACUCGUGGGACGAUGGUCUCGUCCGCCAGGGGCGAUACAACGCAAUUGCUUGGUGGCACCGCCGAGAGCCUGAUAGCAGAGGAAGAGCGAAAUUUCGAUGCAAAGCAUUUGUGUCGGCGGAUCUUCAGAAACGCAUUCUUCAACGCCAUCCAACGUCGUCGGAUUAAGCAGUACUCGAAGAAUAUCUUAUGGAGGAAGAGCUGGAUGAGGAUUCUUGAAAUUUCGUAUCUACCAGAAGCGAAGGGUAGAACGCGCACUUUUACCAAGCAGGCAGGGCAGAGAGUAGGCCCUCGUCCAAGAACGUAAAACAAACUCUUAUAACACAAGUGCCUUCUUCUACAUGGACCUCCGACAUAAAGUUCAGUACGUUACUACUUACAUCAAGGCCAAAGAGUACUCAUCUAAGCAAUGAGAUUUUCGAGCAAGCAUUCGAGACGAUACGCACAUUGACUGGCAUUCAGAAUUUGUCAGAAAUUGUGCGCAUAUUCACCCAAAUGGAAGACCGCUCGUACUCUUUAUUGACGUACGUAAACACGCUACAUUCCGAUAUCGAACGACUCCAGAUCGAGAACAAAAAUGCACUCGAUCUCCACUUCCAACAUGCGACAGUUACGAGGAACACAAAUUCGGUCCACCUUCUCUUACAUUGAUUUUCCAUCAGCAAAGAGUUGAAAUACGGGUACGUCCACGACCUCACAAUUUGUGUCCGUGUGAUAGAAGUCAUAGUUCUAGAGCACCUUAUACUUUGAAAGUAUCUGCAACGGGGUACUGAGUAGUAAGUUGACCUUGACAUUCCCUUGUAACUGAGUAAGUGGCUCUAAAGUCAGCACGAGCAGCGGCAGCAGAGGAGCAGGCAGUGGGCUCUCUUCAACCGCUAGUCUAGCUAGGAAGCGCGCUCUUUUGGCAUCGUUGCAAGCCAAAAUUCGUCAAGAAGCCACGGUGGUGUCCGAGAAAGAAGCAGAUAUCCAGAGGGAACUUGAUGUGAUCGCCAAAGUGCGUGAGCCACUGCUUAAAACAGUGCAAAAUAUGUUAAGGCUAGAUUCUAUUACAAUUUGUGUGCAAACUACUCCUCAAUAGGGAGUAGUAACUGGUCGUAGUGUGCGAAAAAAAUCCAGCCUGAACACGGAGUGAGGCGCUGAAUUUUUUCAUUAGGAAACUAACAGUUCCUCGGCUCGACAUUAUUUUUUGUGGACACUAAGAGUCCGAACGACGGGGAGAAAAUAAAACUCACUGCCUCUAAAAAUGGGAAGUUUGUUGCUCGAAAUCCUGCGCGUACCGGAUGACUACGUGCCAGUGUCCCCCUCCGGACAGAGGUUCGCUACCCAUCGAAUGUCUUCGAUUGAGGUAAAGAUAUUUGCAUUACUUAUUCAUUGGCCUUGCUUGUUACUUAUGCAGUCAUAGCGUUAUUGAUAAAUACACAUUGAUUUCCCAUCUGACUCUACUUUCUGCUUUUUCUACAUUAAUUUCCCAUCUGACCCUACUACUUUCUUUUUCGGAAUUCUUACAUGGUUAUUUCGACUUGACCACACCAGUAUCCAGCGUCACCGUCAGCAGGCGGUCUGAAUGCGCCUUCUAGCGGGACUCAGCUUCUUGUCCCGAUCGAGUAUCCAAACGUGCUAGCGCAGGCAUCGCACGGGAGAACUGGACGAAACACCAUUCACGGGCAUCAACAUCAUGCAGCCUCAUCUCUGGCAUCCUAUGGCACUUCUAUAUCAUAUUCAUUCACUCAGAUUAUGGCGCAACGACCAUCUUCCCAUGGGCAUGUUGUGGAUAUUUAUUUGAUUAUUUGCUCCUGGUGUUCGCAUUUGCUGUAGAAGUAGAAUUUUUGUCUAUCUUUCGGGAAUAUAGCAAUUCAGACAGUAGUUUGCACCUUUUGGAAGGGGAUCGUGAAUUGAAGCCUCUACACGACAAAAGGAUUACGUUUGUCCCUCGCGACAGUUAACGUUUAACUCUAAAUAGUGCAAGUGCACUUCGUUUCUCCUUUUCCUCUACUCAUUCUAAGAUUCUCCGUCCUCCCCCUCGGGUGGAGCCUACUACGGCGGAGGGGAUGGUGGUGCUGCGGUCGUACCCGUCUUGGACCUUUUGGGCUUUAUUGAGCAGAAUUUACUUCAUUUCCGUGACUGGCUUGCUACGACAGCUCCUCUCCGAAUUUUGAGCAAACCACAGGUCGGAGGUGGCACUGCAGUUAAGACAAAGACUGACGUCGAUGUCAAUUCUAAUCACUUUUCCCUAGAUAAAAUGAAUAUUCAUCUGCGACCGUACACAGCGUCGUUUUAUUCGUUUUCCUCUUUCAGGAUUCAACUUGUUCGAAGAGCUGCACUACAACAAAGUGCGUUACAGAUUUAAACUAUGCUGAAUUUUUGUUGAGUAGUUGAGAGAUCGUAGGUGAGCUCUAAUGCGGACAGAGGGCGAGCAGAAGCCGGUCGCGGUGACAGGCAGCAACCGGGAGGAGCGGGGGCCGGACAACGCGGAGCGGAUGGCCCUAGAACUCGACCGCAGGAUCUGCCCAGUGUAGCCGCCUUUUGGAACGACUCCGAUUCGGAAGGCGAUGACGUACCGCUGUCCCGCGUGGAUCUAUUAAGGCUCUCGCUGAAGCAUCCCCAGCGUCAUCUUCGGCCUCUUCUUCCAGGGGAAAAGAGUUCCAGGGAUACCCUCGGGGAUGCGACGUGGUAGCUCUAAACCUACGUGCAGCGGUCCAGAAGUCUCUCUAUGCGAGAAAAAAGAAACAACAAAAACAACUUCCAAGCUGAAAAUACUAUAUAUAUUAUAAUACAUUUAGUACAUCAUACAUUUAGUACAUCAUACAUUGUUGUGCUGAAGAAGAUGCUAAUAGAUACAAUUAUAUAUACAUACAUUGUUCUUGUUGUUGAGAUAGAUACAUUUUUAUGUGGUCGCGAAGGAAUGGCCAUAUCAGAGGCACACACACGACAAGAUACAUUUUUAAGUUGAUGAGUGAUAAAUCUUCUGAGUUGUAGAGAUGCAUCGUUCUUGUUGCACAUCAAGUAGUAGCUGUUGUCACGUAGUAACAUCGAGCAGUUACGAUAUGAUCAAAACUCCGUAGUUCAAAUACACCCUGAAGCUCUGCUUUAGGAUUUUUUUGUUGCGAAGGUAUGAUAAUCAAAACAACUUAUGUUUUGCAAACCAGAAUUUACCGAAUCAUCAUGAAAUUAAAACGAAGUGGUUUUCAAUGAAUACUUAACUCUAGUACCAACACUGACGACUGUGUGGUAGUACUCUAACAUGUUGCAUCAGUAGUAGAAGCAAGGGAGUCUAGUUUACGCUCAACAAGUCACGUCGAAUCUAUUUUGCAGGUAUUGAUAUAGUCAGAAAGUGACAGUCGAUAACUUGUUGCUUCCGUUCAGUGUACUUCGAGGAGCCUGCACAGUAUUGAGGUCUGCCUCAUGCAAAAUCAACAAACAAGAUACAGAUAGACAUUGCCACGAAUUUUGUGUAUAGUUUGCAAGACACGAGGAAGUCGUAUCAUUCC